CAUUGACGGAUAGCACAAGGAGACAGUUGGUAAACCUUCUUGUGGCCGACAUGGUUGAAAUUCAUGGGAGGAGCCCACCCGUCUCAGAGAUCCAUACUCGGACAAUGGAUAUGAACACUUCUAUGACCCACAGAGUGGUUCUGGCUACUUGGCCUGGAGGAUAAAGACUGUUCAGCGCAACACUGCAGCUCAGUCCCAGAGAUCCUCCACCAGCACAAUCUAUCAAGAUAGUCCAGAGACAAAGAGGGAGGUUCUCUGCAUUGAUAAACAGCUGCUUGGUGAGCACUGUCAUGAAGCAGUAUCCUUUUGAAACAUUCAACUGAUGAAUUGGCAAUCAAAGAGAAGAUGAGGGCCACAUUUCAGUAUUGCCAAACACUGGUUCAAGAUCAGCAGUGCUCAUCGACAGUCUUGGAUGUCUUCCCACGAUUCCUUGACAUCACUGGCUUGGUGAGGUAUAGGAUCCUGACAGACUGCAAAAAACUGACUUCUAAUGAGCACACUGAAGACCUCUUGUCUGUGCAGCACGACUCAGGAUGGGAGAGUGACCUGUCAAGCAUUCUACUGUUGGUUCACUUGCUUCCUCCUACCUCUAAAGGCCACAAGAAGAGUGCCAAAAUCAGCUCUUGUCAAGCUGCUGACCAUGUUGUGAGAUUACAGAUGGGAGCCAGUGUUGAAACCUUCCUUGCUGGUGUGGAGCCGGGAGAGCCCUUCCUCCUGUGUGUUGGUGAGAAGAAGAACAGCAUCCAAAGAUACUAUGUCAUCAUUGAUCACAAGGCCAUCCCUUGCAAGGCACAGACAUCCUUGGCAGCUUUUGAUGUGCUCUUCAAAGCACACUUCAUCUUCAGUGUCAGCUACCAUGAAUCCCUCUACAACUUCUAUACGUUCAUCCAAACCACAGUUUUUAACAUUGACGUGGGAAGUGCCAAGGAAAGUCCCAGGGUCAAGGAACUAAGAGCAAGAUUUUUGCGCAACGCUUGAGGUGAUAAAUAUCCUUCGAUGCAAAUAUGUUUCUUUGUAAUGUCUGUAAGGCACACCACAAAAGUUCUACAUUGCUUUGUCAGCAUUUAAGACUCCACCACGGUCUAUAUCCUGGAAAGACAUUACGUUUGAAAUGUGGACAGCCGGGAUGUUGUUUAUCAUUUUGCACUUAUUCAGGUUUCAAGAAGCAUCUUGUUCAUUUCCAUAGAGAUGUUGCUUUAACUAAUACUGCUGACAAUGUGGACACUCAGAAUGAAGUUGGUGAGCCCUCAA